AUGGAAACACAAUCGACCGCAUUCCCCCACUUCACACUCUUGCCAGUGGAGCUUCGCCUUGCUAUCUGGUUCUAUUGUCUGCCUCAUCGAGUUGUCCAGAGAGACGAUCCUUACGAAGUUGAGCGCCUCCGCAACGAGCACAAAUGUUGGUCUGCGCGACCAUCUUUCAAGAAUGCUGCUCCGCCACGCAUUGCCUCAGUCUGUCGCGAAUCAAGACGGGUCGCCAUGCGCUGGGGCAAGAUGGUCUCGCAAAACUAUAGCUGGAACUUGGGGCCUAUAUGGAUCCAGCCUCGUUUGGACACGUAUCAUCUUAACUUUACGUCUGAGGCAGCCGAGGCAAUUUUGGAGGACGGGUUGGAUAAAGAGCUGGUCGAUGAGUUUAUCAAGGACGGAUUAAAUUGGCUCGACGCGGUCCCGUUAUCAAUACCUUGCGAGUACUACUUCGAGUUUGACUUGGGAUUGCAAGACGUCUCCCGGAGGCGCUGGCUUCCGCGCAUUGAAAUCAGAGACGAACUUGUAGAUGAAGACUUGAACGUGGUUUACAACGAGUACGCUUACUAUGGUCCGAGGCCCUUUACAAACAUCUCCCUGUCCGCUACCAUGGUCUUCAUCACUAUACAUGCAAAAAGAAGACACGCCGUUGCGUCGGGUCUCUUUGGCCUGCUGCUUGAUGCACCAGUUCAACUAGUGGAUUUUGACGAUGAGCAAAACAUCAGAUCUUUCCACGCCCUCUUUGAGAGAGACAUGCACAACCGCAAAAGAACUGAAGUCAUCAAACUAUUUUCUCUCAUCCUGUCGCCCAUCUUUCGGUCUCGCGUACAAGACUGGACGGAAAAGGUGGACUGGCUCAUGAUGGCAACUGCAUGGCUGCGCGCAAAGAUGAAGUGGGAAAACUGCAUACCCUUUGAUGGGGAUCCAUUUUCAGCCUGGAAUCCAAUUAUUGACGAAUUUCCAGACGGCCGACGGGAGGUCUACAUGGGGGACGGUGAAGACAACGUGAAUCGAUUCGACCAUGACAAUCCUUGGGUUAUACAGGCCAAGAAAGAGCUACCGCGAGUUAGACCCAAAAUCCUGUUCAUGCUUUGUACCGACGACUGCGAUGUGGAUGGGAAUGUGGGCAUGGUGCCUUCUGUACAGCAUCCGGUUGCUCGAAAUGAUUUUUUUGAAGUUUCUAGUUAUGAGCAUCUCUGA